AUGGCGUAUGUGGCACCAUGGCAGAUCAGCUGGGGAUCAGCUUUCCAUGCUUUUGCUCAGCCCUUUUCUAUACCUCACUCCGCUCUAAUAUGGACUCAAACUGUUAUCUCGAGCCUCAUCAGUGCACCUCUAAAUCCAUUUCUGGGCUCUUCCUUCUUUACCACAUCUUAUGUCCGUCCAGUAAAAUUUUGGGAACGAGAUUAUAAUACCAAGCGUAGUGAUGCCUCCAAUACUACUCUAGCUUCACAAAUUGAUCGUGGACCAAUGUUGGAUGAUAGCAAUCUGAACGCUGUGUUCUACGAGCAUUUGACGAGGAGCCUUCAAAAAAGCUUAGCUGGUGACUUGCAGAUGGGUAGAUGGGCUACGAGUGUGCAACCUGGCGAUUGCUUCAUUCUUGCAAGCUUUUACCUCAAUUGCCUGGUACAUAUAAUUGAGGUGGGCAACGGGUUUGUCACUUUCCAGCUACGUGGAUUAGAGUUCCGCGGCACAUAUUGUCAUCAGAGAGAGGUGGAAGCGAUAUCUGACGAUCAAACGCAAGGAACUGGCUGUUGUUGCUGUGCUCCUGGCUCAUUACCCGGAUUUCUUUCCCUGAACACUGCGUGGAGCUUGCGCUGGUUAGCUUGGGAGGUAUGUCAAGUUCAUUAUUUUGCCUAUUUUUUUCCAACUUCACAAUGA